CUGGGGCGGCCGGCCGACCACGAAAACCAAGUUGACGCCAUUACUCCAGGCUUUCGCUAAAAUCUUGUUGACUAGAAGCUUGAGGGUGAUACAGUCAAUUGCGAAAGGGCUGACUCCGCUCCACUCCGGCCCACCACAUUCCGCAAUUCCUCACGACUUUGUCUUAAAGCAGGGCUGCGCGCCGUCACGACGACACUCCCAGACUUGUGAACGAGAAUGUUAAGCUCCUUAAACGGCCUUUCGGGCAUUGCGCCCGGCGCCGUUGGCGGCCGGGGCCGCCGAGACCUGCCGACCCCCGUCUCGACAGCCAGCAGCUCGCAGCAGGGCCCCUUGUCCUCGCGGCGGCUCCUGGGCGCCCCAGCCGCGCCCCAGCUCCUGACAGUCGCUCAAGCAGAGGGCAGCACGGGCUCUAGCGGCCCUUCGGACCGCUCCCCAGCGCGGGGAAGGUCGGGGGGAGGACGGGGCGGGCGCGGCGGUGGACGGGGCGGCGGACGCGGCGGCGGCGGACGCGGCCGCUCGUCUGGCGGUGGCCGUGGGAGAUCUGGCCGGGAUGGGCAGCGGUCGUCACCACGGCGGCCUGCGGAGGGCGGUGGUGGCGGUGGUCGUGGAGGCGCCAGCAAGGUGCAGGGCCCGGUGGCUGUGGGCGACGAGCUGGAGCUGGAGUGCGCGCGUCUGGCGCUCGAGGGCAAGGGCGUGUGCCUGCUGCCGCCCAGCGGCUUUGUGGUGCUGGUGGAGCGGACCCUGCCCGGCGAGAAGGUGCUGGCCAAGAUCACAUUGGCCAAGAAGGGCUACGCCGAGGCCACCAAGCUGGCGAGCCUGGCGCCGCACACGGGCGCCGUGGAGCCGCGCUGCGCCUACUUCGGCCCCUGCGGCGGCUGCACGUUGCAGAGCCUGGACUACAGCCGCCAGCUGGUGGAGAAGAGGAACCAGGUGGAGCAGACGCUGCGGCGUGUGGGCAAGUUGGGGCCGGCCCUGGACGCCAUUGCCGUGGCCCGCGGCGCCGGCGAGACCACGGGCGUGCUGCCUGCGGUGGCGGCGGCGGAGACGUACGCGUACCGGAACAAGCUGAUGUUCCACUUCAGCAGCCGCUGCUGGUUGCCGCCGUCCAAGGUGGUUGACAGGCCGGCCCUGGGGCUGCUGCGGCCUGGCAGCGCCGAUGUGGUGUUGCCGGUGACACAGCACGGGUGCCAGCUGCAGGACGAGACCGCGAACGCAGUGCUGAAGCGCGUGGAGCAGUGGGUGGCGGCGGCGGGCGUGAAGCCCUACAACGACAAGUCCGGCAAGGGCAUCCUCAAGCACGUAGUCAUCCGCCGCGGCAGCGGCAGCAGCGGCUCCUCCAAGCCCGAGUACAUGGUUGUGUUCGGCGUCACGACCACAAACGGCGACGAGGCAGCGGCGGCGCUGCAGCCGCUGGCGGAGGCCCUGGGCCGCGAGUUUCCCACUCUGGUCAGCGUGGCGGCGGCCUACGUGCCGCCGCCGCGCGCGCCGGCACGCGCGCCGCCGGCGGCGCCCGAGCCCCGGGUCCGCCGCAGCGACCGCGGCGGCCGCCGCGGCGACAAGCCUGAGCCGGAGGCCGAGGCGGAGCCGGCGGAGGCGGCGGCGGCGGCUGAGGACGACGGCACCGACGGCACCGGGGCCGACAGCGUCACCGGCUACGCCGAGGGCGACGGCGCCGCCGGCUCCGCCAAGCUGCGCCUGCUGCACGGCCGGCAGCACAUCACUGACACGCUGGGCGGCCUGACGUUCCAGAUCUCGGCGGCGUCGUUCUUCCAGACCAACACGGCGCAGGCGGCGGUGCUGUACGACGUGGUGCGCCAGGCGGCGGCGCUGCGGCCGGGGCGGCAGGACAGCCUGGUGGAUCUGUACUGCGGCACGGGCACCAUCAGCCUCAGCCUGGCGCCAGAGUGCAAGUCCGUCCUGGGCGUGGAGGCCGUGGCUGCGGCGGUGUCGGAUGCGCGCCUGAACGCGCGCCUGAACGGCGCCUCCAACGCCCUCUUUGUGGCGGCGGGCGUUGAGGACCUGGACACGCACGGCCUGAGGCAGCUGUGGCGCGAGGCCGCGACGGCGGAGACAGACGCGACAGCGGCGGAGGGCCGGGCGCCGGCCGCGGCCGCGGCGGAGGAGGCGCCGGCGGAGCCGGAUGUGGUUGUGGUGGACCCGGCGCGCGGCGGGCUGAGUGCGGAGGCGACGACGUGGCUGUCGCGCUGCGGCGCGCGGCGGAUUGUGUACGUGUCGUGCAACGUGGCGACGCAGGCACGUGACCUGGACCGGCUCUGCAACGGCGACGACGCGCCGUACCGGCUGACUGCCGUGACGCCCGUGGACAUGUUCCCACACACAGACCACGUGGAGACCGUGGCGGUGCUGGAGCGGGCAGACUAGCAGGGAGGCCGCGAGGCCGGGGCCGGGGGUGGGGCCGGAAUGGAGUGAGCAACUCCGCUUGUAGUGUGGGCUUUCGGGACAGUGACGCGACCGUAACGAAUUAGGGUUGUGGAAGAGCAUGGCGAGAGCAGCACAUUGCCAGGCUGGAGGACUGCUGCGAAGCAUCGGAUGCAGGAGCAGUGCGGGUGGGGUUGAAUGUAUGGCUGUCGGGCGUAGCCAUGGGCGCAACAGGCACGUGCCUUGGAGGGCAGCAGGGCUACUGCCGCCCAGCGCUGUUUCGCUCCUGGCGCGGGCAUGUUGCUUGCGCCCGGGGUCUCGAGCUGCCUGUAGAGCCCAGGAGGGUUUAGGGUGGGGGCUGGAUGCCGAGGUCCCAGGAGGACCAAGCAGGUCGCAGUCUCUGGCCCAGCUAUCUACGCAUGGGAGCAAAAGUAUGGCCGAGUUCUGUGCGUUUGGACCACACAGCGCGAUUUUUGCAAAUCGGUUUCUGCCAUCGGUUAUUCGGUUCCAUCUUUAGUA